AUGACAUCAGAAGUAGACGUAGAUGAGCUUAUUAGUAGGCUUCUGGAAGUCCGAUCAUCCAGACCCGGGACUACUGUAAAUAUGAAGGAAGAAGAAGUCCGAUAUCUAUGUGUUACUUCACGACAAAUUUUCUUAUCACAACCUAUUCUGUUGGAAUUACAAGCUCCUUUGAAAAUUUGCGGUGAUAUUCACGGCCAAUACACAGACUUAUUACGUCUUUUCGAAUACGGUGGUUUUCCUCCAGAAUCUAACUACCUGUUUCUUGGAGAUUAUGUGGACAGAGGCAAGCAGAGCUUAGAAACUAUUUGCCUUCUACUUGCGUAUAAAAUUAAGCAUCCAGAAAACUUUUUCCUUCUUCGUGGGAAUCAUGAAUGUGCUGCUAUUAAUCGGAUAUAUGGAUUUUAUGAUGAAUGUAAACGACGUUUCAAUUCAAAAAUAUUUUGUUGCCAUGGUGGAUUAUCUCCAGAUUUGCAAAAUAUGGAUCAAAUACGACGUAUCAUGAGACCGUCAGAUAUUCCUGAUACAGGACUUUUAUGCGAUAUUUUAUGGUCAGAUCCUGAUAAAGAUGUUAAUGGUUGGGCUGAAAAUGAUCGUGGUGUGAGUUUCACAUUCGGUCCAGAUGUAGUUACCAAGUUUCUCAACCGACAUGAUAUGGAUUUAAUUUGUCGAGCGCAUCAAGUAGUUGAAGAUGGCUUUGAAUUUUUCUGUCGUCGUCAGUUAGUAACCUUAUUUUCUGCACCAAAUUAUUGCGGUGAAUUUGAUAAUGCCGGUGGUAUGAUGUCUGUAGAUGAGAAUUUAACAUGCUCAUUUCAGGUGGUUAAACAAAAAAAAACUUGACUUGAAACCAAUUAAUUGGAGGUUCAAAUGUUAAAACCCUACCACUCUUUUUUGGUUUGGACACGAAAUCAUAUCGUAAGUUAUUAUUUUCUGAAAUUAACCUCUCAAAGUCGAGUUUAUAAAUCUGUAAGUUGUUGAAUAAAUUGUAUACUGAAUUUAGUCAUCAAAAGUUUAUAUUCAUACACUGACCAGUAAGUUAUCGAACUUGCUACCUAAUUAACAUUAAAAAAAUAAAAUUGUUUCGAAAUUUUCAUUUAAAAGAUAAUUUGUAGAAAUUAUAGUAUUUCAUUAAGUUUUAUCGAUUAAAAAAUUAAGAUAAGAUGUCCUGGUCGGAUUUCGUAUAGUGUGGGUUUUGGUAACUGUAUGAUGUGCUAUCUCAAUUAUACAGCUGUAGUUAAGAAAAUCUGUAACACUUCACCGAUAUUAGCCUCGAUAGUUUAAUUACUGGUGAGAUCUCUUCAGUGAUUAGAGGGACUCGUUUUGUCCUGUCCAACCUAUGUGUGUAUAAGUUAGUCACUGAGGCUGUAAAAUCCACCUAUUGAAACAUGAUCAUCGCAUCACCCGGAAAUCACCAAAUAUCCCGCUAGAAAAUUCUGAAGUAACAAUUAAUUAUAAUCAAGUGUUAUAUCUCUAACUUGAAGUCUUGAUAUGCCAUGUACAACCUAAUCACUCGAACGCUUGAACCCUACGAGUGUCAAGUUAGAAGACAAAAGAUGAGUGGAAAGAAAUCUUAUUCCAACCAGUGUCAAAUAUGGUACAAAACACUCGGGUAUCUAUAGUUUUUUAGUGAAGACGAAAUCAUCAUUACAAUCACCCUACCCUCAGGCAGUGGUAUCUAGCAUGUAUCCAGUCUGGAGGCUACACGUCGAAAUUCUUGAAUGUCCUUCCAAACGAUGAUUGGAGGAAUGCCUUGGGUUAUUCCAGAACUUCCUUGAGUUCACUGGGAGCCUUUCCCACAUAAAGCUUGAUCAACCAGUCCGUGACUUUAUCAUUCCAUGUACGACUGACUUUAGAUAUAUGAAGAAAGUUGCCCUUUCUAGGAUAGCUUCGUUAACAUGAGAUAAAUAUUAGUUAUUGUAUUAUUCAACAUAAAGUGAUAUGAAACUUACCACAUUAAUGUUAAUUGAUUAUUUAUUAUGUAGUUAUUUCUGACCUUAAGGCUACACAUAAUGUUCUGAUUAACAAUUAUUUUCUUUUAUAUUCUAGAAAUCCAGUUUUCAUUCUAGCAACAACCCUUAUAUAUAUA